UUAAUGCGGAGAUUUUAACCCCAGUGUUUAACAACGUCUGCGUGCAGUUCGACUUCCCUGCGCCGAUCCUCCAGACUAAUCAGGAGGCUGAGAGAUGAUAAUAACAGCAGCGCUGCUGGAAGCUCUGCUCAGCCUGCCAGGCAUAGAGAAUCUCCCCUUUGAGCUGCAGAGAAAUUUCCAGCUCAUGCGAGAUUUGGACCAGCGGACUGAGGAUCUGAAAGGGCAGAUAGACUCUCUGGCUCGUGAGUACACAGCCAACGCGCGCACGCUGUCCUCCGAGCAGAAGCUGUCUCUGCUCAGGCAGAUCCAGCAGUCCUACGGGAAGUGCAAAGAGUUUGGAGAUGACAAGGUGCAGCUGGCCAUGCAGACGUAUGAGAUGGUGGAUAAACACAUCCGGAGGCUGGACACAGAUCUGGCCCGCUUUGAGGCUGACCUAAAGGAGAAACAGAUAGAAAGCACAGACUAUGACUCUACCUCCAGCAAGGGAAACAAGAGUGACCUACGGGGACCUAAGGAGAAGAAGGUAUCUCGCACCAGGUCAAAGGUCAAGAACUCAGACGAUGACUGCAGUCCUAAGAGUGGCCAGAAGAAAGUCAAGUUAAUGCAGACAGCUGAGUUCUCCUCUCCAGCUGUGAACUUCGGGAACGUUCACCCAUCAGACGUGUUGGACAUGCCAGUGGACCCUAAUGAACCAACUUACUGCCUGUGCCACCAGGUCUCUUAUGGAGAGAUGAUCGGCUGUGACAACACCGAUUGCUCCAUCGAGUGGUUUCACUUUGCCUGUGUGGGGCUGACCACCAAGCCCAGGGGAAAAUGGUACUGCCCAAGAUGUUCACAGGAGAGGAAGAAAAAGUGAAUGUUCUCAGCAGAACAAUACAAAAGAAAACAUGCAUAAACAGGCAGAGAGGGAGGUAGAGAGAAAAGGAUGAGAGGCACAAAGCGUUUGAUUUCCUACCCCACCCCCCAAACCCUCGCCCUCUAUAGACACUAAUAUAGAUUCGCACUCUGCUUAAUCUGGUGCUUGUCCUCCUCUCCUCUAUCCUCACUUUCUUCUCUCUGUCUGACAGAAAGAAGGGUUUGAUGGAUGGAUGAAGGAGUUGUUACGACUGUAGCUUAAUUUAUGGUUUCAGUAAUGUUCAGUUACAUUUGAAAUUGUGGUUAUUUUGCUUUUUUUUAUAUAUGUAUAUGAUUUCUUUUUGAUGGUUGUCGUGUUGUUUGGUUGCCUUUUUAUAUGUAUUAUCAUGUACAGAUACAUGAACUCAGCAGUAGAUAAAUCAGGGAGCACACUCAGUCCUUAAGCAUGGACGUCCACUAACGAUUUUUAGUUACUGUUCUUUUCCAAACCUUUUUUUUAAAAUUUUUUUUAAUAAAUUUUAUUUUAGUCAAACACUGGCACACAGUGCCCUCAUAAGAAGUUAGUUCUCAGAGAUAUUUCCAACAAAAACAUUCUCAGUUCACUUCUGGCACUACUUUCAUCACGUUUCAAUGGUUCAUGGACAGUUGAUGAAUCCAUGCUCUGCGCAGAAGUGCGUCCUUUCAUACCAGCUAGUUGCAAGGUUGGACAAGCCUUACUGAAUGCUGUACAAGUGAGCUGAAGUGUGUUGUUGCAGCUAAUUAUGUGGGUUGGAAACAUCAAAUGUGUACUAGGCUAUAGAUUUUUCUUAACACUGACCCCGGUUUACAUUUGGUAAUUUCAUGCAACGAUGCCAUUUCAGCCAUAUGCAUUUACACUAAGCAGUCAAAUGUCUUGUUAUUCAGAUUGAAAUCUCAUUGCUGCAUAGCGAGUGAUCAGCUCAUACAACAACCAAUCGGCUGUCUUGUUCCGUUUUUUUCAUGUUCUGUUAAAACUCUGAUUGCCGCCUCCAAAAUCACAGUUUUGCAGGCUGUUGCUCUUUAGACUCCGUUAACACCCGGCCAUUUCAUCUGAAUUAUAUCUAGAUUGUAGCGUGACAUUUCAUUUCGUAGUCAGAUUGAAGCCAGGUUGCUGUCUGCCGCAUAAUAUGCAAAUAAGCUUGUAUACAGUAACCAGUUGGUUGUGUCGCUCCUUGUUUGUGUUCUGUUACAGAGAUGAUCGUAAUUUUGCACUGCGCUGUUCAUUUUCUUACACCAACAUUCAGUGGUUACGUGAGCUGUUUAGAAUAAUUGGCCUCCUGUAGUACUUAUCACACUAAUGAACAGCAAACCAUGAAAAACAAAGGUUAACCAGACUGGUGCUGUGUGGGGGUCAGAGAGGGGUAAUCUGGCUAAAUUGCGUCUCUGAUUCAUUUAAAUCAGUUUUAAAUGAUUUUGUUUACAUUAGCAUUUUUAUGUUGAUUAUGUCAAUCUGGAUAUAAUCCUGAUACUCAUGACACAUGUGUACACCAGGUGUAAAUGAUCAGUGUGAUCUUUCGCACAUAAACAAAAAGAGUAAAUCAAUAAUCCACUUUAAAACUCUGUUUACACCCGGCCAAUUCAAUUUGUAUGUGGAUUGUAAGCUCAUAAGAUUUUAACCAUAUGCAUUUACACUUGGUAGUCAAGCGUGUUUGAGGUAGUCAGAUUGAAAUUGCUUUGCUGUAUGGAGCAUAAUAUGCAAAUCAUCUCCAAACAAGAACCAAGUACCUGUGAUGUUCCUCGUUUAAAUUUUUGUUUUAUUUAGGAGAUGGUUACUGCAUGCAACAUUAAUACUUCCAGUAUUGGUCAUCGCAGUUGUGUACUACAUGUGUUCAAACGUAAUUUAAUUAGGUGAGAUAAUGAAUAACAGUGAGUCGAAGUGAACAUUAAACAAGCAGUACCUCUAGUUAAUGGUGGUGGUCCACUGGGUGGUCUCUUCCCCUUAUAUAGAACAGCAGAAGGAUGCGCCAUAUUGGGAGGGUUUCUGGUUGUUGAAUGCACUUUUCCAGCAUAAAAAAAACGCAUCAACACACACGUUCCUUCUGUUUCACUUUUGAUUACUUUCCCCGGUGUUCCAAUACAAGUAGGCAAGCUUGGCUUGGAUGCUUUCAUCAGCCUAGAGAAAUGCUUGGAUGCUUUCAUCAGCCUCCAUCUUUGGGUCUCAUUGUUUACUCACCUAAUUUCAGCUCACGUAAUUAUAUACGAGUGAUGAAAGCAUGCUCCGUUACGCACAGUGCGCUCUGAGGGUGUUCAAGCCUGGCUUUUCAUAGAGAAAUCUGAAAAAGAUCUCAUGAUGGAAAUGCAGGCCCUUAAUGUUCUUAUCUGGACAAAAACAGUUUUUUUGUUACAUUAUUAUUGUUGAAUGAAGCUUUUCCAACCUUGCACCAUUUGCUAUGAAGAGCUCACUUCAUGAUCAAAGCAUGGAUCGUUUUUUACCAAAAAAAGUUUAUGUCCCAUCUAGUUUAGCUAGGCUUUCCCCCACCAGGUACCUUGGACAAUGCAUAUGGGGAAUUACUUCACCUUACAUGUUACAGGAAAAGGGGCUCCUCCAUCAUUGUGCUCUUACACACAAACUCUUACUGCACAAAAGUCAGUGACUCACUUAAGUUUCUAAGACCACAUUUCAGGUUCAUUCCACAACUGGCUGCUGUGAUGUAAACUUUCUCUGGUGCUCAUAAUGGUUCAAUACUCUAUGAACUGAAUCAGUCAAACGAUACAACCUUUCCGCUGGACUCUUAACAAAUAGCAUUAACUCAAGCGGUACUGGAUGAAAGUGCUGACUCCUUUGUGUAUUCAUCCCGCUAUAUUGUAAGCUAUGAACAAAAAAAAAAUGGUGAGUAUUGCUGUGAUUGGCCUGCAAUAUGGGUUUAUUUGUAUUCAGUUUGACUGGAUUUUUGGUGCUCUUGAAGACAAUGGUGAUGAUGUUUGAUUUGGUUAACAGGUUUGAAAUUGAUGGUUACUCAUGCUGAUCCCUCCAUCAUACGGCUGGUGUUGGUGUUAAAGCUUGCAUCGCAGGUUUCGUCAGCAGUUUUUGUUGGUGCCGAAGUCCACACAUAACAACCUUUGUGGGAAAUUGGCUUCAAAAUUUUCAAGUUUAUGUCCAUGCAUAAUUUCUUGUAUGCCUAAAGCAAGUGUUCUCCUUUUGGGCUGCUUUACUAUCGCCAAGCAUUACGCAUUAUUACAGCAUUAUGACUGAUAACGGCCUUGUGAUGGAGUUCUCAUGAAGCCUUAGUAAUGUUACUUUGUGAUUCUGAUUGUUUCAGAUGUUCUAGCGAGUACUUUAUUGUACUAAUGUCAGAUACUGGGUUUUGUCUUCCAUGUUCAUUGAACAAUGCCUGAUGUCUGAAUCCAGA